CUUCUAUUUCCAAUCCAUCCCACCCUUCCCCGUAAACCAAUCCCCAUCCACUUUCUCCGCCCCCAACAUUCUCUUUAUUCUACUCGUCUUCUCCUCCCUCCCUCCCCCGUCAUAUCCUCUCUCUUAACACACCCAGGGCAGCUGUCUGUGUUGGUUCGUAUCAAUUAUGAGGUUUUUCCAAUGGUAAGGAGUAGUAACAAGUAAGCAGCAGGGCAUCAAUCAGGAAAUCCGGUUACAAAUAUCGGCACCAAUUGCAGCUGCACGAGUAGCAUAGCAGUGACCAGACUAGAAACAACCCCAUGACAUGAGAGCUAGUUUCGACCGCAACAACCCAUCAUCACACGGAGUCAUGAGAUUUUCCUAUUUCGCUCCUCCUUUCUUCCUCAAUUUUCUUCUCUCUAACACUAUCAUCGGCCGCUCGUCUCCUCUUAUUGGUGCCAACCACACCUCCGCCCGCUUCUGUUCCCGAUAAAUUCAACUCCCUUCUUCCUUACAUCCGCUCACAGAUCAAAUCUAUUUUUCUCAUUCACACACGCAACUCUCAUACAUACACAUCAGUUACUUUAGAUAGACAGAUUUAGGGAUUCUUUUUUUUAAAAAUUUUUUUUUUAUCAGAGGCCAUACAUACAGUUUGAUUAUACCAUGGAGCCCAGCACAGCUAAGCCCAGCUUCUUGAGAAAUAUUCUACUGCGCCUCUUCUUGUUCUGCGUCUUUAUACUUGGCGUCCGCUUUGCUUACGUCGUCACUAUUCGAGGCGAGUCAUGUGACCUUGGCGACUUUUGCUUCUUCUCUCUGCCCGAUCAUUUGAACAGCUUCAUCUCCGGCGCCGGCCAGUUUGCCGCCAAGUCCUCCUCCGCUGUCAUCUCCGUUGCAAAAUCGGCUCCUGCCAAACCCCAUAAGCUACCCGAUCUCUGGGCCACCAGGGGUUUCCAAAAGGCCGCCCAAUUCUACUCCUCCGUGUUUCAAGAUCUCAUUUCCGAGGGAUUCCUGACCCCUAAUUCCAAGGCCCUCUGCGUCGAGACGCCCACCGGUGCCGAUGUUUUCGCUUUAAAAGAGAUCGGCGUUGUCGACUCGAUUGGGAUUUUCAAGAAGGCUUCCAAGCCCUUGGUGAUUUCCGGUCAGGCGAUCAAGCAACCGUUUGGGAAUGACAAGUUUGAUUUUAUAUUCUCCGGCGCCGGAAUGAUUGAAAAGUCGCCGAAGCCUGCCGAUUUUGCGGCGGAGAUUUGCAGGACACUGAAGCCCCAGGGGUUUUUCGUGGUUCACACAGGUUCAAGAGAUACUUAUAGUCACAAUUCAUUCCUUGAUUUAUUUAAUUGCUGUAAAUUGGUAAAGUUUAGGGACAUUGAUGGGUUUGAUUCCAAGUUGCCCUUCGUUCGUGAAAUUGUUAUGCGGAAGUAUUCAAGUGAAAACGGGGAACAAAUUCUUGGCCUUGGGGUUCAGGACCCCGGUGGCAAUUCAGCUAAUAAAUGCUUUGUGCCGGAUUACAAGCAACAACUGAUCCGGAAAGCAGAGCCUUUGAUUGCAGAAGAACCAAAGAAACCUUGGAUUACAUUGAAGAAGAACAUACAGAACAUUAAGUACUUGCCGUCAAUGGUCGAUAUUAGCUUUAAGCACAGAUACGUGUACGUGGAUGUUGGCGCUAGGAGCUAUGGUUCGAGUAUCGUCAGCUGGUUUAAAAAGCAAUAUCCAAAGCAGAAUAAAACCUUUGAGAUUUACGCCAUUGAGGCUGAUAGGCAUUUUCACGAGGACUACAAGUACAGAAAGGGGGUCAAGUUGUUGCCCUUUGCUGCUUGGGUGAAGAAUGAGACGCUGUUUUUCGAGAUUAAUGAAGACCCCAUUGAUAAAGACGUAGUGAAAGGGAGAGGGAUGGGUCGAAUUCAACCUGUUCAGUCGUCAACUGGUGUGUCUGAUGGUAACGUGGAUGAGAUUCAGGGAUUUGAUUUUGCUGCAUGGUUGAAGGAUACCGUGUCGGAGAGGGACUUUGUAGUGAUGAAGAUGGAUGUAGAAGGGACCGAAUUCAAUUUGAUACCAAGAUUGAUCGAGACUGGAGCUAUUUGCUUAAUUGAUGAGGUCUUUCUUGAAUGCCAUUACAACAGGUGGCAGAAAUGUUGCCCUGGCGAAAGGUCUUCCAAAUAUGAGAAGACAUAUGGUCAGUGUUUGGAGCUUUAUACUUCACUUAGAGAGAGUGGAGUUCUUGUCCAUCAGUGGUGGUGAUGGUUAAAAAGCCCUUGUAAUCCUUUGUGACUUUAUUUUUUCACUGAGUCUCAGUUACCUACCCAAACGUGCCGUUUAUGUCUGUUUUUUUUGCAAAUGAAGAUUUGUAGAAGCUCUGUUAUAGUUUUUGUUUUCCGUGUAUUUCAUUUUCACUUGUAUUUAUGGUAGUUGAAAAAAGAAGUGCAAAUAUAUCAUGCUUUGAUUGGCUUCA